AGGAAACAGCACAAACGUUUACCGUUUUGUCAAAUUAUAUUCCAUUUAUUCACUUGAAUUGCAUUUAUAAAACACAAAGCCAGUAAAAUGUCACGCAAAGAAGCACUCUCACAGUUUAUCAAUCAAAUACACGGCCGACCCGUUGCCGUUAAGCUGAAUAAUGGCGUUGAUUAUCGAGGUGUUUUGGCCUGCCUGGAUGGCUAUAUGAACAUAGCGCUGGACCAAACGGAGGAAUACGUCAAUGGACAGCUAAAGAACAAAUAUGGCGACGCUUUUAUACGGGGCAACAACGUGCUCUACAUAUCCACACAGAAACGGCGCGUGUAGAAAAUGAAAUGAAAAUGAAUAAGACAAAACUUACGAUUUA